CGUUAAGAGCCCGCGGAAAUUUAAACCGUCACCAGGAAGUAAAUUCCGAGGGAGAAAAAUAAAUACCUUGGCGGCUGGGUUAAGAAAAUUGAACUGCACUCGCUGCAGCUACAGGAGGAGGCAAACUAGGAAGGAUUUGCAAUCUAUGAAUGUGAAUCAUGCCACAGAAGGAAGAAGGGAAUGUGAAUGUGUCCGUGGUAGUCCGAAUAAGACCGCUGAACCAUCGGGAGCUGGACAGUGAAAACCAUGUAGUUACUCAAAUGGUUGAUGAAAACGUCCUGGUCUUUGACCCAAAGGAAGAAAUUAAUGAUGAUGUGUUCUCAGAAGCAAAGUUUAGAAGAGUCAGGGAUGCAACAUGCCGCAAAAGGAAGGACCUGAAGUUCGUGUUUGACAGAGUUUUUAAUGAAAACUCUACACAGCAAGAAGUGUUUGAGUUCACAACUAAACAUAUUUUGGAAGGAGUUUUGAACGGAUACAAUUGCUCAGUCUUUGCUUAUGGUGCUACAGGGUCUGGGAAGACCCAUACCAUGCUGGGCAGUGAGGAUCAGCCUGGAGUGAUGUAUCUCACAAUGCUGGAACUCUAUGAAAGAAUUGAACAAAUGAAAGAUGAGAAAAUUUGUGAAGUUGCCGUCUCAUAUUUGGAGGUAUACAAUGAACAGAUUCAUGACCUGCUUGAACCUAAAGGCUCACUGGCUGUGAGAGAGGACCCUCAGAAAGGAACAGUUGUUCAGAGACUAAGCUUCCAUCAGCCCAAGACUGCCAAAGAGCUUUUGGAGAUGUUGGCAAAUGGAAACCAGAACAGAACCCAGCAUCCCACGGACGUUAAUGCCACGUCCUCGCGAUCCCAUGCUGUCUUUCAGGUGUAUGUAAAACAGCAAGAUCGUAUUGCUAGCAUCAGCAAGAAUUUGCGGGUGGCCAAGAUGUGCCUCAUUGACUUGGCUGGGUCAGAGCGAGUUACCGCAACUAAGGCUCAAGGAGCACGGUUCAGGGAGGGAGCAAACAUAAACCGUUCUCUGCUUGCAUUAGGAAAUGUCAUCAAUGCACUGGCAGAUGGCAAGGGUAAAAAAUCUCACAUCCCUUACCGAGAUAGCAAGCUAACCCGUCUCCUUAAGGACUCGUUGGGGGGAAACUGCCAAACAGUGAUGAUUGCCACUGUCAGCCCUUCAUCCAGUAGCUAUGAAGAUACAUAUAAUACCUUAAAGUACGCAAAUCGUGCUAAGGAUAUCAAAUCUUCCCUGAAGAGUAAUAUUGUGAGUUUGGACUGUCAUAUAAGCAAGUAUGCAGCUAUAUGCGAGGAACUUCGGAGAGAGGUCACACAAUUGAAAGACAAGUUGAAGGCUUAUGAAGAAGGGAAGUACGCCAUUACCAGGAGUGACCCAAGUACAGUCCAACCCAUGCUGUCCAGUCAACAACAGGGCUUGGAGGCAGCUUUGCGAAAUGCUUUCGCCAACCGCCAACUGAUUCAGAAGAACUACUUCGAACUGGAAACUCGCAGUAAAGAAAUGGAGCUGAAGACUUUCUUCCGUCUGCGGGACCAAGAACGUAUUAAAAUAUUGUGUACCGAGCAGCAGCUGGAACAGGCUUCCUGUAAGUUUGAACGCAGCCAGGCAGCUUCUAGCCGUCGCCGUGACCAUCUGCUGGAGAAAAUGCAGCAAGUCGAAGAGAAACUCAAGGAGAAUGGAAAUCUCAUUUCUCAGCUGGGAAGUAAAAUUGGUUCAGAUGGUAAAACCACAUCAUUCCCUCAGAUCCUGAAACUGAGCAUGCAGAACCUUAUGUUGAAGGCUGAAGUGAGCAAUAGCAAGCAACAUGGUGAUUAUGUGACACGCCUGAUGACUUUGCAAGACCGAGACAGUCGACAGACAGAAAAGUUAGUGACCACCCUGCUCCAGGUUGCCCGGAAGCAGUUUGACAUGCUGAGGGAAGCGAACCUUGCAACUGAAGACACGGUAUCACAGUUCAGUGAGCUGGAACGUCUUGUACGAGGAGAGAAGGCAGUCUUAUGGGCAGACCAAAUAAGCCCAGAGGAAUCCAAGGCAAAUCAGCAUUCAGAAGUAACAGCUCUUGCUACAUUUUCUAAACUACAUCUUCUACCAGAGAACCUAUUUGAAUCCACUGUGCCAUGCAUGAUAAAAGCUUCAGCUUCAGAAUCAGCUGCACAAAUUCCAUCAGAGGCUGGUGCAAAAAAGCGACUUCCCACCAAGCGGUGCCUGGCAGAGCUCGGACCACUACCCAGCCUUCUGCAGAAGGAGGAGUCAAUGCGAUUGAAGAGGAGGAGGACAGAAAUUGAGGUGCGCCAAGACGUUCCUUCGGUAUCCGAAUUACGAAAGAAGCCCAGCUCAUCUCGAAUCGACCAAGUCAACAUUGUGCCAAAGACCCACAUAAAGGAGACUCAGCCACUUUCAAAUCGGAGUAAUACUCUAGGCAAUGAAGGAUCAAAAUUUGGCCCCUCAGCUGAAAAUACGAAAAGAAUCUUCACACCAACCAUCUCCAGGAAGCCGAAAACUCCAGCCAGCACCACCCCCAGCAGCUGUAACCUCUUCAUGUCAAGUAAUCACGAUUUGAAUGAAACCUUUGAAACUCCAAGAGUGGGUGACCUAGAUAGCACAAUAGUUCUUGGUCCUUCAUCUGCUCAAAAACCCAAAGUUACCAUGCACCAUGACAUAAUGACACAGACCAACAGCACAUUCUUACAGAGAUUGGGAUUGACAAGGUUUACAGGUAAAAGUCAGCCCCAGGCCCUGUUUAUUGCGAGAAACUCAUCCGUGGCCGUCAGCAGAUCUGCCACUAAAGCACACUCCAGAACAACAGGGCAACGCGAGAAAAGAUAUUCAAGUGGCAGCUUAUCCCGUAUGGGUGGCCAGAGAAACCAGAAUAAAUCCAGGAAGUCUCCAGUCUGCAAGAAACAAUUUACAUCAGGCAGCCACAAAACAAAGAAACUCAGUCGAACCAGUUUAAAAACCCAAUGUGCAGAGAGAAAAAAAACAAAUAAUGUAAAGAAUAAAAGUAAGCAAAUAACAUUCAGAACUGAGGUUCGUGAAAGUGAGUCCACAGCCACGAUGUCAGUCAUCACUGCAGCCGAAUCAGGAGCUCAUCAGCUGCAGGGCACGGACUCAGUUCAGUGCAGAGCGCCAUCCUCCAGCCCAAGGUUCUGUCUGGGCAAGAGAAGUGGAACCAGUGGAAAAGUGCCAGUCAUCCAGAGCUUUGAGUUCCUGUCCCAAUCCGGUGUGAAAGAUUCUCAACAAGACUUGCUUCCUGAGCAGAGGACGUCAGAGAUCAUAAAACAAUCAGAAUGAGCGUUGGAUAGGAUAUGGCGUUUUGCAUUGGUGCUCCGUUGGUUUACUACAAGCUACUUGCCAUUCUACCCAAUGGAUUACUCAUCUCAGUUGGAAUCCCUGGAGCUGGAAAGUACGACAUAAUGAUUGGAGUAAUCAAAUCACAAUGAAUCUGUGUGCUUCAACAAUUGUAAUCCUGGAAUUACAGUAACAAUUUGGAAACUGAAUUGCUAUUCUGAAAUGUGAUUUUAUGUUAGAAUGAAAGAGCUAAAUAUAGUGAACUUUAGGUUUGUCAGUUGUUGUUUUGCUGUUAGCUGCUGAACCUUGAAAGGGAGAUUACUAAUAUUUUGUAUUAGAUGUUCCCACCCCUUGCAGUGUGAAACUGAAGAUGAACCAGACUGGAUACAUCUCCAGCAACUGGUCAUAAGUAAUGAUUUGCUCAUUGUAGAAACACACGGAUUAUGCUUAGACCAUUAAAUUGCCAGCAAUCUGUCUAACAGUUUGAAUAGUUCAGAUAUGCUGUCUUGCUGGAUCUUUUUUUUGUCUUCUGAAUUAUAUCUUGAAGUCUUGAAAUCAAAUUUAAAAUUUUAAACAUUAUCAAACAAAAAUAUAUUUUGUUUGACAAUGAUCAUUUACAAAUAAAUGCUAUUUAAUGAAUUCUUAUGAUGAGAAUUGUAAAAAUUGUAUGUUAAAUCAAACUCAACUCACAUUGCAGCACUGUUUUUUAUGGUGAAAAUAUUGUAUUUCGAAUGUGUAUGCUACUCAUGACAUAGACUGAAAUAGAUAACAUCAGAAAGAUUUUGCCAUUUAUACUGUAUUUCUAGCUAUUCUAUCUAGCCAGAGCUGUUGCCAUGGCUAACUUUUAGCGCUUAGUUUUCUGGCUAUGUAUGGCUAUUUUUUUCCCAUCUGAUGCUGGAUGGUCAAGCAAGAUGGGCUACAGAAUUGCCACCAGCAUUCCAUAGACUUCCCACUGUAUGGAACAAAUGGGGUGUGUUGUAAAUAGGUCAAGAUGUACAGAGUGGAGCAGCAGUUCGUGCUUUCUAGCUUCACUACUGAGCAGGAAUGUAGAUCAGUAGUGCCCGUCUGAGUACAGCAAGCAAGCAAUUCAUAAAAUUUAUAUAUAUAUAUAGCUUAUAGAAAAUUACAGUUUUGUUAUAAACUUUUAUUAAUCUCAGUUUUGUACAGUGCUUUAUUUUUUAACUCUAUUCAUUGGGGACAAUUGUGUUGUCCCUUAAUAUGUUUGAAUGUAAAAGUACUGAUUUUAUUAGUGUUCAGAGGGCAGCCAUAAAAUGCAAUCCUGAAGUUCACCAAUCACAGUUAUGCAAGGCAGAAUCUAGUUCACUGUUAAUCAUUCAGAUAACAACUAAACUAUACGAGUGAAAUAUCAUGCAGCCCGGUUUAUCCUGGUUUAUUCUAUCCCUCUGCUGUGCUUUAUGCUCUUGUUGUACAGUGAUCUCAAACCAUGGUUCAAAUAUACUGUGGAAUUUAUAUAUACCAACCCCAAAUCUGUUGGAAUGACACUCUCCUGACUCAAAGCUCUCUGAAGUUAUGUGGCUUACUGCCUCAAGGCCAGCACACGUCAUUAAGCCGUGGCACUUCUCAGAACCGACAUGAUGCUCGCAGAUGUGAUCUGUGGAGACUUGACUGCUGACCAUGUUUCAGAGACUCUUAAAGUUCUUCUCAAAUGCGAAGGAUCCACUAUCUGAUGUCUGAUUCAGCAGGCAGAAAGGUUGAAUACUGGGGACAUCAGCUUGGUCACGUUUCAGAGAAAGAUAGAGGGUUAAUUAUGAGGUCCUGAAUGCAGCAUUUGUCAGUUAAGCAUCCAGUGUUACCCUAAUCUGUACAAGCAGCCCUAAUGUAGUGUGAAGUAACUUGCAACUUCUUGGCUUUGAAUUUCUAAACUGCAUCCCUUGUAAAUGGGUUGUGAUCUUAUCACGUACUCCAAAUGUGAUGGGUAAAAUUCAGUUGGAUUUAGUGGCUGUUUCUCUUUAUUGUCAAAUGUGCUUAUAUUUUAUUAAAUUGUUUACUAAUGAU